AUGGACUUUGGCUACACCAUGAAAGCUUUGAGAAGCAAGAAGAAGACACAAAGCCAAAUCUCAUAUGGACUUUGGCUACACCAUGAAAGCUUUGAGAAGGAAGAAGAAGACACAAAGCCAAAGACUCAUAUGGACUUUGGCUACACCAUGAAAGCUUUGAGAAGCAAGAAGAAGGUUGUAAAAGAACUUAAACCGCAACCGGAUCUUAAAGGAGUAAGAAUUGUAUCCUUGUUAGAAGACACAAAGACAAAGACUCAUAUGGAAUUUGGCUACACCAUGAAAGCUUUGAGAAGCAAGAAGAAGGUUGAACUUAAACCGCAACCCGAUCUUAAAAGCCGUAAGAAUUGUAUCCUUGUUAGAAGACACAAAGCCAAAGAAUCAUACGGACUUUGGCUACACCAUGAAAGCUUUGAGAAGCAAGAAGAAGAUACAAAGCCAAAGACUCAUACGGACUUUGGCUACACCAUGAAAGCUUGGAUAAGAUACAAAGCCAAAGACUCAUACGGACUUUGGAUACACCAUGAAAGCUUUGAGAAGCUAGAAGAAGCUUGCCUAAGUAGUGUUUCCUUGUUAGAAGACACAAAGCCAAGGACUCAUAUGGACUUUGGGCUACACCAUGAAAGCUUUGAGAAGCAACAAGAAGAUACAAAGCCAAAGACUCAUACGGACUUUGACUACACCAUGAAAGCUUUGAGAAGCAAGAAGAAGGUUGAACUUAAACCGCAACCGGAUCUUAAAGGCGUAAGAAUUGUAUCCUUGUUAGAAGACACAAAGCCAAAGACUCAUAUGGACUUUGGCUACACCAUGAAAGCUUUGAGAAGCAAGAAGAAGGUUGAUACAAAGCCAAAGAUUCAUACGGAUUUUGACUACACCGUGAAAGCCUUGAGAAGCAAGAAGAAGGUUGACACAAAGCCAAAGACUCAUAUGGACUUUGGCUACACCAUGAAAGCUUUGAGAAGCAAGAAGACGGUUGACAUAAAGCCAAAGACUCAUAUGGACUUUGGUUACACCAUGAAAUCAUUGAGAAGAAAGAAGAAGGUUGAACUUAAACAGCAACCGGAUCUUAAAGGCGUAAGAAUUGUAUCCUUAUUAGAAGACACAAAGCCAAAGACUCAUAUGGACUUUGGCUACACCAUGAAAGCUUUGAUAAGCAAGAAGAAGGUUGACACAAAGCCAAAGACUCAUAUGGACUUUGGCUACACCAUGAAAGCUUUGAGAAGCAAGAAGAAGGUUGAUACAAAGCCAAAGACUCAUACGGACUUUGACUACACCAUGAAAGCUUUGAGAAGCAAGAAGAAGGUUAACACAAAGCCAAAGACUCAUAUGGACUUUGGCUACACCGUGAAAGCUUUGAGAAGCAAGAAGAAGGUUGAAAACACAAAGCCAAAGACUCAUAUGGACUUUGGUUACACCAUGAAAGCUUUGAGAAGCAAGAAGAAGGUGGAACUUAAACCGCAACCGGAUCUUAAAGGCGUAAGAAUUGUAUCCUUGUUAGAAGACACAAAGCCAAAGACUCAUAUGGAAUUUGGCUAUACCAUGAAAGCUUUUAGAAGCAAGAAGAAGGUUGACACAAAGCCAAAGACUCAUAUGGACUUUGGCGACACAAUGAAAGCUUUAAAAAGCAAGAAGAAUGUUGAACUUAAACCGCAACCCGAUCUUAAAAGCCUAAGUAGUGAUUCCUUGUUAGAAGAUACAAAGCCAAAGACUCAUACGGACUUUGACUACACCAUGAAAGCUUUGAGAAGCAAGAAGAAGGUUGGCGUAAGAAUUGUAUCCUUGUUAGAAGACACAAAGCCAAAGACUCAUAUGGACUUGGGCUACACCAUGAAAGCUUUGAGAAGCAAGAAGAAGGUUGAAGAUACAAAGCCAAAGAUUCAUACGGAUUUUGGCUACACCAUGAAAGCCUUGAGAAGCAAGAUGAAGGUUGACACAAAGCCAAAGACUCAUAUAGACUUUGGCUACACCAUGAAAGCUUUGAGAAGCAAGAAGAAGGUUGACACAAAGCCAAAGACUCAUAUGGACUUUGGUUACACCAUGAAWGCUUUGAGAAGCAAGAAGAAGGUUGACACAAAGCCAAAGACACAUAUAGACUUUGGCUACACCAUGAAAGCUUUCAGAAGCAAGAAGAAGGUUGACACAAAGCCAAAGACUCAUAUGGACUUUGCCUACACCAUGAAAGCUUUAAAAAGAAAGAAGAAUGUUGAUACAAAGCCAAAGACUCAUACGGACUUUGACUACACCAUGAAAGCUUUGAGAAGCAAGAAGAAGGUUGACACAAAGCCAAAGACUCAUAUGGACUUUGGUUACACCAUGAAAGCUUUGAGAAGCAAGAAGAAGGUUGAUACAAAGCCAAAGACUCAUACGAACUUUGACUACACCAUGAAAGCUUUGAGAAGCAAGAAGAAGGUUAACACAAAGCCAAAGACUCAUAUGGACUUUGGCUACACCGUGAAAGCUUUGAGAAGCAACAAGAAGGUUGACACAAAGCCAAAGACUCAUAUGGACUUUGGUUACACCAUGAAAGCUUUGAGAAGCAAGAAGAAGGUUGACACCAAGCCAAAGACUCAUAUAGACUUUGGCUACACCAUGAAAGCUUUCAGAUGCAAGAAGAAGGUUGACACAAAGCCAAAGACUCAUAUGGACUUUGCCUACACCAUGAAAGCUUUAAAAAGAAAGAAGAAUGUUGCCAAAGACUCGGACUUUGACUACACCAUGAAAGCUUUGAGAAGCAAGAAGAAGGUUGAACUUAAACCGCAACUGGAUCUUAAAGGCGUAAGAAUUGUAUCCUUGUUAGAAGACACAAAGCCAAAGACUUAUAUGGACUUUGGCUACACCAUGAAAGCUUUGAGAAGCAAGAAGAAGGUUGACACCAAGCCAAAGACUCAUAUAGACUUUGGCUACACCAUGAAAGCUUUCAGAUGCAAGAAGAAGGUUGACACAAAGCCAAAGACUCAUAUGGACUUUGCCUACACCAUGAAAGCUUUAAAAAGAAAGAAGAAUGUUGCCAAAGACUCGGACUUUGACUACACCAUGAAAGCUUUGAGAAGCAAGAAGAAGGUUGAACUUAAACCGCAACUGGAUCUUAAAGGCGUAAGAAUUGUAUCCUUGUUAGAAGACACAAAGCCAAAGACUCAUAUGGACUUUGGCUACACCAUGAAAGCUUUGAGAAGCAAGAAGAAGGUUUAUACAAAGCCAAAGAUUCAUACGGAUUUUGACUACACCAUGAAAUACAUGAGAAGCAAGAAGAAGGUUGACACAAAGCCAAAGACUCAUAUGGACUUUGGCUACACCAUGAACGCUUUGAGAAGCAAGAAGAAGGUUGACACAAAGCCAAAGACUCAUAUGGACUUUGGUUACACCAUGAAAGCUUUGAGAAGCAAGAAGAAGGUUGAACUUAAACCGCAACCGGAUCUUAAAGGCGUAAGAAUUGAAUCCUUAUUAGAAGACACAAAGCCAAAGACUCAUAUGGACUUAGGCUACACCAUGAAAGCUUUGAGAAGCAAGAAGAAGGUUGACACAAAGCCAAAGACUCAUAUGGACUUUGGCUACACCAUGAAAGCUUUGAGAAGCAAGAAGAAGGUUGACACAAAGCCAAAGACUCAUAUGGGCUUUGGCUACACCAUGAAAGCUUUGAGAAGCAAAAAGAAGGUUUGUUAG